CUAGGACUUUCUUGACAUUAGCACUGCAAGUCUGGGUCCCAGGAAAACCCUUAGCCUUGGAUAAACCAUGGAGAUUGAUCAGUUACAAGUUUCCCAAGUUCAGUGACUGCCUAUUGGAUUGCUAAUGCCACCUCCAGCGAUGGUGUCAACCUGUCAACCUUGAUGUGAACAGCCGGGCACUGGGUGUUGAACUCCAGCAGGUGCUCUCCUAGGUUUGCCUUUGAUCACCACAGACCUUCUUCUGUGGAUGUCCUAUCACCAAGUUCCAUGGACAACUCACAGAGAACACUGGACCAGCCCCUUCCCAUCCCAACUUCCCAGCCCAAGAAGAAAAGAACAUCGAUUCUGUCCUUCUUUUCUAAGGUCUCUUGGAAACUGAAAUUCCAGCACCAGGAGCCUUUGAAGAAUGUGGUUUUCAUCCUGGCAGAAAAGGCUCGUGAUCCCAAUGCUAAAAAGCGCCAUCUGGCCAUGAGAGGCCUGGGCACCAUGGCUUGUGAAGCCCCAGACCAGGUGAGGAAGUACAAGAAAAUGAUGCUAGACCUGCUGGUGUAUGGACUGUAUGACCCCGUGAGUUCAGAAGUCAUCUAUGAGAGCGUGAAGGCUCUGACCAUCAUCCUGGGAAAGAUCCAGGGCAAAUGUCUGGGCUCCUUUUUCAUAGACAUCACCCUGCAGACCAGGACUUUGCUCGAUGACGACAACGACAGUGUGAGAUACUCGGCCUUUGUUUUAUUUGGGCAAUUGGCUGCAUUUGCUGGGAAGAAAUGGAAGAAUUUUUUUACCAAUCAGGUGAAGCAGACGCAGGAUUCCCUCCUAACCCAUUUGCAGGAUAGAAACCCUCAUGUCGCCAAGGCAUGCAAAACAACUUUUCAAGCCUGUUCUCCAUAUCUGAAACUGAAGAAGGAAUGCACCUUCCAAAGUGAAGAAGAUCAAAGGAACGCCAAGCUCUGCCGGCAGUUGAGCCACUAUCAUCCAGAGCUCCUGCAGUUCUUCUACGCCAAUAAAAUACUCUAAGUGCAGAGAGGCAGGAUAAUGGUUCCACAUAAGAGCCCUGCGGGGACAUCGGUUGUCUCUGUCUGUUCUGUCUCGUUGGAUGUCUCUUUUGCUUGCUUCUUAGGAUUGUAUCAGAAAACAAGGGGUCAGGCGGGCAAAGGAGGUGGGGGAAUAACUCCAUGGAGCUGCGUAUACCCAGAGUAAAAUCCUCGGUUGUUUUUCUCAUCUGUUUCUCCCCACCCACACUUGACCCGAAGAUAUUUUCUUUCUUUAGAAAUAUCGAAAGCAUUUGUAGGUACCAUGCUUAAUUCUCAGCCACUUUCUUCUUAAGUUCAUUCCCAUGAACUAACUUGUAUUCUUACGAUUUAAUCUCUUAGCAAAGUAAUUAUUCCCUCAAAGUUGUAUUUGCUAUUAAUAUUUGGCUAUUUGCUGUCGAUAGCUAUUCUCUUUGAUUUAUUUAAAGUUGGUCAACAGGGCAGGCAGAUGGCUUGCAGCGAUUGUAUUUAGGAGUUUCUCAUUGUCUUUGGAAGUCUUGCCUUCAAGAUCAUCUUAAAGAGAACAAAAAUAUGUCAGUGUGUUGGAAUUUCUUUGAUGGUAACUAAUGGAAUAAAAAUAGUAAGUAAUAUU